AUUGGGAUACCAUAGCAAUGAUUGUCGGUGAAUCACAGCAGAGCCGGCCCCCCUUCAGCUGUCUGUGACCAAUCAAGAGUCUCAGAGUGAGCAAGAGGGCGGAGCCCGUCUGAUGAUGGACAGACAAAUCAUCCACUCAAGUUUAGAGCCCCGCCCCCUCUCUCCGCCUCAGCAAUGGUCACAUAGAAGCACAGAGACAUUUCUGUGUCGUUCCUCUCGUUUUACGUCCCCGAAAGAACAUGAACAUGUAGAUUGAACUUCAGUUUUCCUUCUUUUAGCUGUUUGUGUGUUUAUUUGUGUGAUGCCCAGCGUGCUCCGCCUGCGCCGUCUCGUUCGCCAGGUGCCACUACAGACCAGCUUCAUCUUCCUCUUCUUCCUCUGCGUUCUCAGUGUGUUUCUCUCUUCCUACUUCCUGUACGCUGUCAAACGAGAGCUCGAACCGUCGGUCACAGCAGGGCAUGCAGCGGAUGACCUCUACGUGACCUCUUCUCGGCCACUCCCCUUUCUUGCUGGAGUGGGCGGGGCGUUGCCGUCUGAUGGCUAUCGGUCGGAUCCGGUCGUGUUGGUGUUCGUGGAGAGUCAGUAUUCGCAGCUCGGCCAGGAGAUCGUGGCCAUCCUGGAGUCUGCGCGAUUCCGGUACCGGACGGAAAUUUCUCCAGGAAAAGGGGACAUGCCCACGUUAACGGAUGGACAGCGGGGACACUUUGUGCUGAUUGUGUAUGAAAACAUCCUGAAGUACGUGAACAUGGACGCCUGGAAUAGGGAAUUACUGGACAGAUACUGUAUCGAGUUUGGAGUUGGAAUUAUCGGCUUCUUUAAGGCCAAUGAGAACAGUCUGUUGAGUGCGCAGCUGAAAGGAUUUCCUCUGUUCCUGCACUCCAAGCUGGGACUGAAGGACUGUACGGUCAACCCUAAAUCACCUCUGCUUCACGUCACUCGAGCACAGCAGGUGGUUCGCGGUCCUCUUCCCGGGGAUGAUUGGACCGUCUUCCAGUCCAAUCACUCCACCUACGAGCCGGUCCUGUUGGCGAAGCCCCGUUCUGCGGAGAGCGCUGGGCUCGGGGCUCUUCUGCACACCUCUGUGGUGCAAGAUCUCGGGCUUCACGACGGGAUCCAGAGGGUUCUGUUCGGACACAACCUCUCCUUCUGGCUCCACAAGCUGGUGUUCGUGGACGCCGUGUCCUUCCUCACUGCUAAGAGACUGUCCCUGUCCCUGGAGCGCUUCAUACUGGUGGACAUCGAUGAUAUAUUUGUGGGCAAGGAAGGGACCAGGAUGAAGGUGUCGGAUGUGAAGGCGUUGGUUGAAACCCAGAGUGAGUUGCGGAGGUCCAUUCCAGACUUCACCUUUAACCUGGGCUUCUCAGGGAAGUUCUUCCACGCAGGUACUGAUGAGGAGGAUCUGGGUGAUGAUCUGCUGCUGUCAUACGUUCAUGAGUUCUGGUGGUUUCCUCACAUGUGGAGUCACAUACAGCCACACCGCUUCCAUAACCAGAGUGUGUUAUCAGAGCAGAUGAUCCUGAACCGACGCUUCGCUGAGAAUCACUCUAUCCCGACUCAUCUGGGUUACGCAGUGGCUCCUCAUCACUCCGGUGUGUAUCCCGUCCACAUCCAGCUGUACGAGGCCUGGAAGCGCGUAUGGGACAUCAGAGUGACCAGCACUGAGGAGUAUCCACACCUCAAACCCGCUCGAUUCAGACGCGGCUUCAUUCACCGCGGCAUCAGAGUCCUGCCCAGGCAGACGUGUGGUCUGUUCACACACACCAUCUUUCACAAGGAUUAUCCCGGCGGGCCACAGGAGCUGGAGAGACUCAUUGACGGAGGAGAGCUGUUCCUCACCGUCCUGCUCAACCCCAUUAGCAUAUUCAUGACUCACCUGUCAAACUACGGGAAUGACCGUCUGGGCUUGUACACCUUCAAACGGCUGCUGAACUUCCUGCUCACAUGGACUCAUCUGAGACUACAGACGCUUCCUCCAACGCAGCUCGCCGAGAAAUACUUCCACCUGUUCCCGUCUGACGCCGAGCCGCUCUGGCAGGACCCCUGUGAGGAUAAAAGACACAAGGACAUUUGGUCAAAAGAGAAAACCUGCGACCGCUUCCCAAAGCUGCUGCUCAUCGGCCCUCAGAAGACUGGAGCAACGGCUCUUUAUUUAUUUCUGGGGAUGCACCCUGAUCUGACCAGUAAUUACCCCAGUAGAGAGACGUUUGAGGAGAUUCAGUUCUUCAGCGGGCACAACUAUCACCGAGGCAUCGACUGGUAUAUGGAAUAUUUCCCCCUCCCGUCCAACAGCAGCUCUGAUUAUUAUUUUGAAAAAAGUGCCAAUUAUUUUGAUUCGGUUGUAGCCCCGUCGAGAGCCGCAGCGCUGCUGCCCAGAGCUAAAAUCAUCACGGUCCUCAGUGAUCCUGCAGACCGAGCGUUCGCCUGGUACCAGCAUCAGAGAGCUCAUGCUGACUCUGUGGCCCUGAAAUACUCUUUCCAUGGUGUCAUUACCGCAUCCCACAAUGCACCUGUGAAGCUGCAGAUCCUGCAGAAGCGCUGCCUGGCUCCAGGGUGGUACGCCACACACCUCAAGCGCUGGCUCGACCACUACCACCACAGUCAGAUUCUGGUUGUGGAUGGACAGAUGGUGAAAACAGAUCCAGCUUCAGUCAUGGAGAAGAUCCAGACGUUUCUGGGUUUGGAGAAUCGAGUCGACUAUCACAAAAUACUGGCGUUUGACCCAAAGAAAGGCUUCUGGUGUCAACUGCUGGACGGAGGACAGACCAAGUGUUUAGGGAAGAGUAAAGGACAAAGAUACAUGGACAUGGACACACAGUCUCAGGUGUUUCUGAGGAACUACUACAGAGACGGUAAUAUCGAGCUCUCUAAACUGCUGUAUAAAAUGGGUCAGAGUCUGCCCGGCUGGCUCCGAGAGGAACUUCUCAACAUCAGGUAACCGAGUCUCUCGUGAUGAUGAGUGCCAGAAUAUCAUCCGGACCGGACAACAUGUACAGGAGGAACAGUC